AUGGCCAGUACUGGUUACCCAGGAAACGAACUCGAGAGUGAUUCUUUCACUACCGCAUACAGUUCGUCACCGCAUACAGUUCACCACCGCAUACAGCUCACCACCGCAUACAGUUCAAAACCGCAUACAGUUCACCACCGCAUACAGCUCACCACAGCAUACGGUUCACCAACGCAUACAGUUCACCACCGCAUACAGUUCACCACCGCAUACAGCUCACCACAGCAUACAGUUCACCACCGCAUACAGUUCAACACCGCAUACAGUUCGUCAUCGCAUACAGUUCACCACCGCAUACAGUUCACCACCGCAUACAGUUCACCACCGCAAACAGUUUGUCACCGCAUACAGUUCACCACCGCAUACAGUUCACCACCGCAUACAGCUCACCACAGCAUACAGUUCACCACCGCAUACAGUUCAACACCGCAUACAGUUCGUCAUCGCAUACAGUUGACCACCGCAUACAGUUCACCACCGCAUACAGUUCACCACCGCAAACAGUUUGUCACCGCAUACAGUUCACCACCGCAUACAGUUCACCACCGCAUACAGUUUGUCACCGCAUACAAUUCACCACCGCAUACAGUUCACCACCGCAUACAGUUUGUUACCGCAUACAGUUCGCCACCGUAUGCAGUUCGUCACCGCAUACAGUUCACCACCGCAUACAGUUUGUCACCGCAUACAUUCACCACCGCAUACAGUCCGCCAACGCCUACUCUUCGUCACCUCAUGCAGUUCACUACCGCAAACAGUUCGUCACCGCAUACAGUUCACCACCGCAUACAGUUCACCACCGCAUACAGUUCACCACCGCAUAAAGUUCACCACCGCAUACAGUUCACCACCGCAUACAGUUCGCCACCGCAUAAAGUUCACCACCGCAUAAAGUUCACCGCCGCAUACAGUUCACCACCGCAUACAGCUCACCACAGCAUACAGUUCACCACCGCAUACAGUUCGCCACCGCAUAAAGUUCACCACCGCAUAAAGUUCACCGCCGCAUACAGUUCACCACCGCAUACAGCUCACCACAGCAUACAGCUCACCACAGCAUACAGUUCGCCACCGCAUAAAGUUCACCACCGCAUAAAGUUCACCGCCGCAUACAGUUCACCACAGCAUAAAGUUCACCGCCGCAUACAGUUCACCACCGCAUACAGUUCACCGCCGCAUAAAGUUCACCACCGCAUAAAGUUCACCGCCGCAUACAGUUCACCACAGCAUAAAGUUCACCACCGCAUAAAGUUCACCACCGCAUACAGUUCACCGCCGCAUACAGUUCGCCACCGCAUAAAGUUCACCACCGCAUAA